GCUUACUUCGCUUACGUAUGUGUCUGGAAUAAGUAUUUUAAAUAAACCCCAAAUACUGUUGGAAUCAGAAGCUCAGGCAUUUUCUCCCCCCUUUUAACAAAAUGUUCAAGGAGACAAACGCCCCCACCAUGCUGUUUGGAGGGGCGGUGUUGAGUCAUUCCUGUCUUCCCCAGACUGCCCACCUACUUUUGACUCGCACAAAAGACCGCCGCGCUCGAACCGCUCAUGAAAACACACUUUUGGUUUAUUUCACCGCGGAGCGAAGAUGGCAACCGAAUCGGUGGAGAUGGUAGGCGACAGAAACGGCGAUGCGGAGGUACGGCUACAGGACCGCUGGAGCAGCCGAAGGGGACCCUUGAACAUGAACAAUUAUGCCAAUAAGAAGAGUGCUGCAGAAAGCAUGCUGGAUGUGGCACUACUAAUGGCCAAUGCCUCCCAGCUGAAGGCCGUGGUGGAGCAAGGGUCAGACUUCACCUUCUACAAACCCCUCGUCGCUCUCAUAAGUCUCUCCAUUAUCUUUCAAAUCGUGGUGGGUGUCCUUCUUAUCUUCAUCGUGAAGUGGAACUUGAAUGAUGAAAGCACGCACAACAAGCUCAACAUUUUGGAGAACACCGCGACAGCGCUUGUGUUCAUCAUCGUCGUUAUCAACGUCUUCAUCACAGCCUUCGGUGUCCAGCGGCCUUUGAAUCAAAGUGCAUGACCAACCUUUAUCAUGGCUGUCUGCUGCCUGGUAGACAAAUUCUUCAUAUGGAAAAAGUAUCUAUUCAAUGACCAUUGUGAACGAAUCUUGGAAAGUGUGUAAACUCAGUUCUGUUGCCAUGCUAAUCCAGAGAAAUGUCAAAUAACUAUGGUGUUAACCACAGUCCCAAGAAUGAAUGGCUCCACUUUUGAGUCUGAAGUUCCCUGACGAAUCCUCUCGUGUUUGAAUUUCACGCCUUUCUAACCAGGUCAUUAGGGGUAGUCGGUUUUAUUUCUUUAGACAAUUGAGCACCUUCAUUACAUCUGAUGAGAGGAAUAUCAAGCUCAAAUUACACGUGCACUUAAUUUAUUGCCUUAAAAGCCACAUAUCAGGAGCAGUACAUGUCAGUCAUUACCCAUCAUGGUUAAUGUUUCCCUCAGCUCUUAUUCUUGGUGCAGUUGGAAUGCCUAUAUGUCUAUGUCAAGCUCCCUUCCUUGUAUUUUGAUGGGGGGGGGUUCUUAAAUCCACAAUUAAAUGUUACUUUAUCACCACAGCUUAAUUCCAAAAUACUGUCAAAACAAUCUCUACUCGGUGAAGUAUGUAGAAGUUUUUUUUACCCCUCGGUCAGGGCUGAUGACCCUCCUCAUACUGUAUCAAUAGUGUUGUGGGAUGUAUCAGGAAAUAUAGCUGCCUGCUGCCUGGCAUGAAGUCAUGUAAGGAAGAAGAGCCUUAUUCUGGAGAAAUGUCACUCUCAAGUGGCCAGUGACAGACGUAAUGUUUACAGCUUCCAGAGCCCAUCCCAAAAUGGACCACGCCUGCUUCUUUCAUGCUCUACGCAAAGUAUGCUCUAUGCUGCAUGUUACAUUUAAAUUAACUCCGUAUGUACAUAGCUAUCAACGUGUGUUAUAUUUUGUGUAGACCUAAGCCUAUGGAGUAACAUUUUUGCUUUCUUUACACUUAUCCUUAUUUUACAGGACCAAAUUUGCUCUUAAAUGAACCUCCAUUGUAUUAUCUUGUUUAACACAUUACAGCCAACUACAGCUAUUUUAUGAUGAAGUUUGUAAAAAAAAAAUGUUUCUUUUCUUUUAAAAAAAAAAGCAACUGUACAAUAAAUUUUUUACUGUGUUAUCCAUGCAUCACGUUAUAUUUUUGAAACAGGAAAUGUCUUCAUUUUAAAUGAAGACACGUGUGAAUCAAUGGCAUUUUUACUACAGU